AUGUUCCUUGCUGCCCUAGGACUGCUGAUGCCAGUAGUAGUGGCUGAAUUUCUCAUUGGCCUAGUUGGAAACGGAAUCCUUGUGGUCUGGAGUUUUGGAGAAUGGAUCAGAAAAGUCAAGGGAUCCUCAUAUAACCUCAUUGUCCUGGGGCUGGCUGGCUGCUGGUUUCUCUUGCAGUGGAUCGUGAUGUUGGACAUAAUCCUGCUUCCUUUUUUCCAGAACAACCAUUGGCUUUGCUAUCUCAAUAUUUUUUGGGUGCUGGUAAGCCAGUCUAGCCUGUGGUUUGCUACUUUCCUUAGUGUCUUCUACUGUAAGAAGAUCAUGACCUUCACUCACCCUGCCUACUUAUGGUUGAAGCGGAGGGUCUGUAGUUUAAGUCUCUGGUGUCUUCUGGGACACUUUCUCAUUAAUUUGCUACUUAUAAUCAACACCAGCUUAAAGCCCUAUAGUCUUACCCAAGGAAACAGCAGGAUUCCAUAUCUCUUUACAAGCUGGCACACUUGUUUACUAUUUCAGUUCGUUGCAGGAAGUUGGUUUCCUUUCACGGUGUUUCUUGCUUCCUCUGGGGCACUAAUUGUCUCUUUGUAUAGACAGCACAGGAAGAUGAAUGUUCAUGCCCCUGGUAGGAGAGAUUCUCGAACGCAGGCUCACAUCACUGCCCUGAGGUCCUUAGGCUGCCUUUUUAUACUGCACUUGAUUUACAGUGUGGCUACCCAUUUUUCCAUCACUUCCCAGUAUUCUUCUGCUGAUCUCACUAGGGUCCUAAUCUGUGAAACAUUCAUGGCUGCCUACCCAUCUCUUCAUUCUGUCAUACUCAUUAUGGGGAUUCCUAGGGUGAAACAGACUUGUCAGAGAAUCUAGUGGAAGACAGUAUGUGCUUGGAGAUCCUGGGGCCAAUGA